AUGGACGGCGUGAUAGAACAGCUGGACGCCCUUGGCAUGCCUCGAGACCCAACUCCCGAGCCGCCACUUGACCCAUGGUCACCCGAAUCCUUCAACAUGGUCAAUGACCGUGCGAGAAGGAAGAAUCCUUACCAAAGACCCCAGACAUCCAUGGGCAUAGCACAGCAGGACGAGGGUUACGAAACCUGGAGCGGCGGAUCUUCGCGGGAUCAAUCCUACCACAACGGACACCGGGAGGACAAGGAACAGCUACCUCAACUGAGUAACUACGUCGAACGUAUGGAAAGUCGUCUCAAAAAAAUGCAUCAACAUAGCGCAAGUAUGGCUGACCUUGAGGAUGAGGCCCCGAAGCCACCACCCAAAGGCCAGUUAUACGAGAGACCCAAAUCUUCGAUGGGUGGACCAGAAGAGAAGAAGCUUCGCGGACGGAAGUCGGCCUACGACAUUGGCCGCAACGUGCUGAACAGGACGUUUACGACCAAGACCAACUCUACCAGCGCCUCCUCAGGCAACCAGAGCUCGACGACGCAGAGCAGCGACAGGAGUUUGAUGAGUGGGUCAUCAGCCGGCGCCAUUAGCGCUACGAGCGCAGGCAGUCUUGCUCGCAAGACUCAAAAGCGUGCCCAGAGCGCCCUGGGCAUGCGUGAAGCCGAAAUCGAGCGCCCAGAAACUCCAUUCACUGGCGUCACCUACCACAGCAGUCACGCCUCGGAGGCUUCGCGGUCAAAAUCUCAAGCAGGCUUUCACGACGACGCGGGACUCGGAGGACUCGUCACCCCGAAACCCGCGAAAAGGAGCAUUUUCAAGAAGCUUCUUGACACGGCGAAGACUGGAGUGGCGUCCGGGCGCAGCAGUAUUGCGAUGGGUGCCGACUCGCCCAGGUCGUCACCUUUCGCCCGCUCCAUGCCUAACGUUGCCGCUGCGGCCAACGCUAGCAUCUCAAACUUGACCGCCAUGGGAAGCUCUGGCUUCGGUAGAGAAGCGGCCAGAGACAUGGGUCUUGCCAACGGAGUCGACUGGGUUCAGGUUCGCAGAGACGUCAAUCGGUCCAACUCUUUGAGUAAGAACGAGAGAAACGAGCGGAAAGACCGCUGCCAGAUGCUCGACUAUCCUGCGCUGAACCCGGUCGAUGAGCUGUUUGACGGCAUGGAGGGUGAUGAAGGGGCCGACGGCUUGCCUGUGGAGGAUCCCAUCGACUACCAGUCACUGAAUCUCACCCAAGUGGAUAAGAAUUCGAGGUUCGUGAGCAGUCUCCCGGCGAUGACCACGGCGCAAAGCGUGGCGACGACCUACGUCUGCCGUCCCUAUCGCAGCGACGUCCAGAGACUGCGAGCCAUCUUCACAUGGGUGUCCGAGAAGAUCGUUUGGGAAGAGGACUUCGAGGGAGAGGUCGACACCAGAAGAGUUGUGCAGUCGAAGCGAGCAAGCGCCGAGGAGUACGCCGUCCUGGUAAUGGAGAUGUGUUCUGCCGUUGGCAUCCAGUGCGAGGUCAUCCGCGGUUAUCUCAAAACGCCCGGUGAGAUCCCUGAGCACAACAUCAUGCCUAGAGCAAACCACUGGUGGAACGCGGUUCUGGUCGACAACGAAUGGCGAAUGAUAGACUGCUGCAUGGCCAGCCCUUCCUACCCUAGGCGGCAUCUCUACUCGAGCGCUAGCAACAGCGCGGCCGACUUUUGGUGGUUCCUUGCGCGACCGACAGAGCUCUGCUGGACACACAUUCCCGAACACCAUGCUCAGCAGCACAUCUGCCCGCCGCAAGCACACGAAGUCCUUCUCAACCUUCCUUGCGCUUGCCCUCCCUUUUUCAGACACAUGCUGGAGAUGGUCGACUAUAACACGGCGGCCACCCGCAUCGAAGACCUGGAGAUGGUGCAUAUCAAGUUCAACGCCCCGCCCGACAUUGAAGUCGCUGCUGAGGUUGAGGUCCGAGGCUACACAAGAGACGCAGAUGGCGAUGUCUUUGAGAGCGGUGAAGUUGUAAAGAAGAGGGCGUUGGCCCAAGCGGAAUGGUUCAACGGCACCAAGCGAUACACAAUCAAGGCCUUGCUGCCUGGCGAUGAAGGGCAAGGAGUGUUGAAGAUCUACGCUGGCAAGCGUGGCCUGAUGCACAGCAUCAAGGACAUUCCUCACCCGGUGGCCUUUGCACUACCAAUCAUCCACACGGGCGAGAAUCCUCCGUAUGAGUUCGUGACGCGGCACCCGACGCCGCAUGCACAACGUCACGAUAUUUACGUUGUCCAGCCUCAGUGCCAACGCCUUGCUCUAAACAACACUUUUGUGUUUGCAAUUCGGCAGCAUCCCAGCUCCGUUGGCGGAAUUGGCUCGGUGAUGACACCGUCGUCGAAUCCCGGAGGCGCAAGCCCGAUUCCUUUCGCAAGACCAAGCUCAGCCAUGAGCAUGACAGCCUCCACCGCCAGCGGAUCGAACCCGAGCACGAUAGCUGGAGGUGGAAAGAAACCAGCGAAACUUGCAAUUCAGACUCCCGGCGGCAAGAUUCUCCGUCUCAUGCGCAAGGAGGAGCGCAAGGGAAUUAGUGUUGGCAGCAGAGCAGUGGAAGAGGACCUUGGUGACGGCGGUACGUGGGAGACCAUCAUCAAAUGUUCCGAGAAGGGCGUGUGGAGGGGACUGGUUUUGGCGGACCGCACCGCGCGGUGGUGCGUCUUCGCCGAAUGGGUAUGUGUUGGAUGA